AUGGCUAGUUUGUUGGCUGGUAAACCAGAGUGUGAAUGGUCAAUGGUCUACAACUCUAUUGGUUUGGACACUGGAGGUCUAUGCAUCACGCGGAUCCAGCAUGUAGAUUCAUGUGAGGAAGAGCGAAUUCGGUCGCUGUGGCUCCGCAGCAAAGGCUCAUGUGCUCCUUUCGUCCUCGAUUUAUUUUCUCUCUAUAUAUAUCUCAUUGAUGCUGCUGUUGCGCUGGCCUCCACUAGCACAAAUUGGGGAAGGCAUCGCCGAGUGCAAGCUGCUGCCUUGGUUUGUCGCCAAGAUCCAUCUGAAAUGUCACUUUGCCAGUCUGCCAUAUUCUAA